AAUAAAACCCUAAUAGGCAAGUAUAAAAUUAAGCGUUUGAGCAGAGCGGCUGUUUGUUAAGAAAAGAGGGCGAAAAUGCAGAUCUUCGUGAAAACCCUAACCGGGAAGACAAUCACCCUCGAGGUUGAAUCCAGUGAUACUAUCGAUAAUGUCAAGGCCAAGAUUCAAGACAAGGAAGGAAUCCCACCGGACCAGCAGCGAUUGAUCUUCGCCGGAAAGCAGCUUGAAGAUGGCCGGACUCUCGCCGAUUACAACAUCCAGAAAGAGUCGACGCUUCAUUUGGUUCUGAGGCUUCGUGGUGGUAUAAUUGAGCCUUCUUUGAUGGCUUUGGCUAGGAAGUAUAACCAGGAAAAGAUGAUUUGCCGCAAAUGUUAUGCCCGCCUGCAUCCCCGUGCUGUCAACUGCAGGAAGAAGAAGUGCGGCCACAGCAACCAGCUGAGGCCAAAGAAGAAGAUCAAGUAGAUGUUUUCAAGUUUGUGUAAGUUGCAGCUGGCGUCUAUCUGCACCUUUUGUUUUUUAUUAGAAACUAAGCAUUUUGUCUUGAGGAGCAUAACUGUUGAUGCUUUCUAAAACAUUGAAUUAGCAUAAUGUUGAUGGAUUUUAUUUUGUUACAUUUCAGUUGGUUUCGUGAUAUUUAAGAUAUUUUCUUAA